GAGCAAGAAGUUACACGAGCUGUCAACCAAGCGGCGCAAACAUUCGGCCAUCUCGAUCACGCUGUGAACGCCGUGGAGAUUGUAAUAAAACAUCAAGAAGGCGCUGCAAUCUCAGAGACGCAAAGACUGGCAAAAGGUGCUCGACAUCAACCUCAGCGGCACAUUCUUCGUGCUUCGCGCCGCAUCCCAGAUCAUGCUAAAGGCCCUACUCUCUCUCGUCUAUCGAUGGCAGAUCCCUUUAGCGCAGCUCGAUCGAGAACCUCAAUUCCAUUCAGGGUGUUGUCAGCAUCACGCUCUCUGCCGCUUAUACCGUGUCGAAGCACGCUGUUAUCAGUCUUGCGCGCACGGCAUCAGAGGAUUGCGCCGCUCCGGGACUGAGAAUCAACGCGAUUUGUCCGGGGUGCAAAGACGCCCAUGACGACGAAGAACCCGGCCGUGAAGAAGCCGAUCGACGAGCGUAUAUAAACAGCAGUACCGAUGCAGAUGAUGGGAUUCCCGAAUGAGGUUGCGGAUGGUGUACUGUAUCUUGCUGGUGGAAGGAGCAGCUUUGUUACUGCGGGCGCGUUGAUGGUGGAAGGGGGCUACACUUCCACAGUAGACGUCAUAAGCACGUUCCCGUUUACGACAGGCGAGGUUAAACCUGGGAAGUGUAUUGCGAGACGCAAUCUAUUGGCUG